AUGAAGCUGUUGAACUUUUUCCAAGCUCUUGGUGAUUGUGUAAUUGAGUCAAUUAAUGACUCUAGAAAGAUGACUUCAUAUGGCCCACUUGCUCAAAUAGCUGUGGUAGCCACAACAAUAUUUGUUGUCGGCUCAGCUAGCAUGAAGAGGAGACCUGUUCUUAUUAAUGGUUGUCUUGCUCUUGUUGUUGCCUCAGCUAUGUUAGUUUACUCUUUUUGCAUGAAGAAAAAUAUUUUGCAACUGCCGGCGUUAUUUAUUGAUAUCGUGUUUGAACCCAAUUUAGCUCGAAAGUGUCUAUUGACGUUCUUCUUUGUUAAUGUUUUAGCAUCAGUCAUAUUCGCCACCGUUGUUACUAUGCGUGGAAAGAGUUCUACUAUUCAUAGAAAGUUCUUUCAUCUCACUGUCUCGCUAAUUUAUUUAUCCGGGCUUUUCCUUGAUAAAGAUUUUGUUUGGCUUGCUGGUUGGCUUUCUCUUUGUAUAUUCAUUAUAGUCGAAGUUCUGAGAUAUUACAAUGUUCCUCCAUGGGGAGAAACACUGAAUCAUUCUCUUCUUAUAUUUAAGGAUGCUCAAGAUUCUAAUCUACUUCUUACGCCUAUUUAUCUUCUGCUUGGUGUAUUUCUGCCAUUAUUCUUAUCUCCGAAUGAUGAAAAGCCGAUGAUGUAUCAUUUAGCAGGAGUAGCUGCAGUGGGAGUGGGAGAUAGCUUAGCUGCAAUCGUCGGAAGUUCACUCGGUCGUAAUAAAUGGCCAGGAAGACAAAAAACUAUAGAAGGAUCUCUGGCUAUGUGUUUAGGAAUGAUCGCGUUUUUCGAGGCUUCAAUACAUUUCAUAGAUUCAGAAGUGCUAUCGUUUGUUUAUAUUUCCUUUGUGUCUGUUGUUUUAACUCUUCUAGAAGCGUUUGUUGUGAACGUAGACAACGUUUUAUUACCAUUAAUAGGUUAUAUUCUGUUAUAA